GACACAAAAAUAUACACACUAUUGCACUGUGUGUAUUAUGUAGGCGUUGGCGACUCUGAACAAGUAUGGUUACAAUUACAAUUGUAACAACUAAAUAAUUCAUUAAAACAACAUUAAAUAAUUAUAAAUAAAUAUACAUUAAUAAUAUUUCAUUAUAACAAGUGUGUUAAUAAUUUAUUUUUCAUUAAUUUAACAGUUAUUAAUCAUCAAGUUAUUGUUGACCGGUAGUGAAUCAUUUUUUUUUUUUUUUUUUUACACAAGUGUUAAUUUACAAUACACAUGCAAUUAAUUAAUUUUAUAAAUUAUUAUAAAUAUAUAUAAUUUUUAAUAAUUAUAUUAAUUAUUGAUUUUUUUUUUUUAUAUAAAAAUUAUUAAUGUGAAAGUGAUAUUGAAAUGUUUAGAUAUUUGAAUAUAUUAUUUUGUGAUUAUUAUGACAACAAUUGUGUUUUAAAAUGUUACAGAUGUUUUUUAAUUUUUCACAUUGCUAACCAGUAAAUCAAUAAUAAAACUUCAAAUAAGAAAAAAAAAAUAUAUAUACAUAUAUAAUAAUAUAAAAGCUGGACUGUGACAAACUGCAAGUUUAAAAAUAUUCCAGGCAUGUCCAGCAAUCAGCUAGUUGACUCGUGUCUGCUGGUGAAUCGAAGAGUUGAGCAGAGACAAGAACAUAAUGUAACACGCAUUGAAAUUAAACAGAGUGGUCCAAGUGAAACGGAUUAUCACAGUAGUAAUGGAAAACCAGAUUUACACUCUGUACAUUCAUCACAAUUGUCAGUACAGGAUGAUCCACUUCUCGUACGAACACACAAUCAACAAACAUCUCAACAAAUAACAUCAGUGACCAAAGUUAUACGUGAAGUAUCACAUAUUGAAUCAGAAGCUGGUGCUGUUAAUUAUAUACCAGUACCAAUAAUGUCUCAAGAUUAUUCACACGGUGAUCCGUGUUAUGCAGCUGAUCCUUAUAUGGUAAAUUUUGAUCAUUAUGAUUCAUAUGUUGGAUAUGCAACACAACAAGAAUAUCCAGUUGGACAUGGUGUUUAUGCACCUGAUUCACAUUCACCACAUUCACCACAUAGUCCAUCUGAACAUAAUCGUACAACACCACCUCAUGAUUACAUGAGAAAAGGUUCAUCUUAUGCUGUUGAUGGUGGAUACAAUGAUAUGGAUGCUGUACUUAAUCCAGUACUACAAGAUCAUUAUAGAAUAACACCAAGUCCUGGUGGUCCUGGUGAUCAGUAUGAUGAAAAUAAAGUUGCAUAUGGUUAUGUAUCAUCAUCACCAUAUGGACCAGUUAGUUAUGGUCCUGGUAUUGGUGUACCACCAGUUGGUAUAUCAAGUGAUGGUCCAUCAUAUGAUGAAUCACAUCAAAUAGCAAUGCAAGGUAAUCUUGCACCAGGUAUGUUUGAAGAUGAUUUACAUCUUCAACGACUUCAAUCACGUCAUUCAGUACCUGGUAUGACAAGUCCAAUUGGUGAUGAUCAAAAAUCAAUGCGUUGGCGUGAUCCAAAUUUAUCUGAAGUUAUUGGUUUUUUAUCAAAUUCAAAUAAUAUUAUAAAAGCAAAUGCAGCAGCAUAUUUACAACAUCUUUGUUAUAUGGAUGAUCCAAAUAAAGCUAAAACAAGAAGUUUAGGUGGUAUACCACCAUUGGUACAAUUAUUGGAUAAUGAAAGUCCAGAUGUUUAUCGUAAUGCAUGUGGUGCAUUAAGAAAUUUAUCAUAUGGUAGACAAAAUGAUGAAAAUAAAAGAGCUAUUAAAAAUGCUGGUGGUGUACCAGCAUUAAUAAGUUUAUUACGUCGUACAUCUGAUGCUGAUAUUAAAGAAUUAGUUACUGGUGUAUUAUGGAAUUUAUCAUCAUGUGAAGAUUUAAAAAAAGCUAUUAUUGAUGAUGGUGUUACAUUGGUUGUUAAUAAUAUUAUAAUACCACAUAGUGGAUGGGAUCCAAGUGCAUCAAAUGGUGAAACAUGUUGGUCAACAGUAUUUCGUAAUGCAUCUGGUGUACUUAGAAAUAUAUCAAGUGCUGGUGAAUAUGCUAGAAAAAAAUUACGUGAAUGUGAUGGUCUUGUUGAUGCAUUAUUAUAUGUUGUUAGAUCAGCUAUUGAAAAAUCAAAUAUUGGUAAUAAAAUUGUUGAAAAUUGUGUUUGUAUAUUGAGAAAUCUCAGUUAUAGAUGUCAAGAAGUUGAAGAUCCAAAUUAUGAUAAACAUCCAAUACAAACAGUUGUACAAAAUCGUAUAACAACAACAGUUAAAAGUGAUAAUCUUGGUUGUUUUGGUGGUAGUAAAAGAAGAAAAGAUGGACAACAACAAACAAAAGAUAUAACAGCAUCAUCAAAAUCAUUAACAUCAUCAUCAAAUUUAACACAAUCAUCAACAGGUACAACAACAGGAACAGGAACAACAACAACAACAACAUCAUCAUCAAAUAUAAAUUCAACAGGAACAAAUCGUAAUGAACCAAUUAAAGGAAUGGAAUUAUUAUGGCAACCAGAAGUUGUACAAUGUUAUUUGAGUCUUUUACAAUCAUGCUCAAAUCCUGAAACACUUGAAGCUGCUGCUGGUGCAUUACAAAAUUUAGCAGCAUGUUAUUGGCAACCAAGUAUUGAAAUACGUGCUGCUGUUAGAAAAGAAAAAGGUUUACCAAUAUUGGUUGAAUUAUUAAGAAUGGAAGUUGAUCGUGUUGUUUGUGCUGUUGCAACAGCACUUAGAAAUUUAGCAAUUGAUCAACGUAAUAAAGAACUUAUUGGUAAAUAUGCUAUGAGAGAUCUUAUACAAAAAUUACCAUCUGGUAAUAAUCAACAUGAUCAGGGUACAAGUGAUGAUACAAUUGCUGCUGUAUUAGCAACACUUAAUGAAGUUAUUAAAAAAAAUGCUGAAUUUGCAAGAUCAUUAGUUGAUGCUAAUGGUGUUGAUAGACUAUUAAAUAUUACUAAACAAAAACAAAAAUAUACUGCACGUGUUCUUAAAUUUUCUGGACAAGUAUUAUUUACAAUGUGGCAACAUGCUGAACUACGUGAAGUUUAUAAAAAACAUGGAUGGAAAGAAGCUGAAUUCGUUACAAAAACAGUUGCAGCACGUAAUAGUUCUGGUCUAAAUUCACCCAACAAUGCAAAUAGCUAUGAUUUUAGCACACUUAAUAGGCCAAUGGCAAGUCAAGGUAGCACUAGAUAUGAAGACAGAACAAUGCAAAGAACAAACAUGAAUUCCAACAAUAUUGGACGAUCAAAUGUCUAUCAAUCCCAAAAUGACGUUAUGAAUGGUGAUAAUCAGUAUCAAAAACAAGGAGUUCGUGCACCUCCUAGUGGAGACGUUUGUUUAUAUCCUAAAAAUUCAGGUUAAGCAACAUUUGGCGAUUUUGUUUGAUGGUAUUACAUAAAAUAUUUACAAAAUAAAUAUAAAAAACAAUAUAUACAAGACUCCCUGUAAUUUAAAAUAAAACCCCUAAUGAGUCUUUCAAUAUAAACAUUGAUAAAUUACAAAAUAAAGAAAAAAAAAAAACAAGAAAUCACAUAACAAAUAAAAAAAUAUUAAUAUUGAUUUUUAAAUAUAUAUAAAAAAUAAAAAUCAUACUAGACAACUGCAGCUCAUUUAAAAACAAUGUAAUUAAUUGCAUACGUGAUUUAUUUUUUUUCUUUUUUUUUAAAUAUAUAAUAUAUAUAAUUUUAAUUACCAGCGCAAAAAAAAAUAAAUAAAUAAAUGAAAAAAUAAUACUUAAUUAAUUAAUAUAAAAAAAAUAAUAACCAUAGUAUUCAUCUUCAUGGCAGCGUCACAAUUUAUGGAUCAUAGUUACUAAUGAUAAUCCAAUAGGGUACAUUAAACAUCUCGAUAUCCAUUAACAAUUUGAAAUAUUAAAUUUUAACAAAAACACCAAGUAUGAAAUAGUAAUUAAGAAGAAUAAAAAAAAAAGCAUGAAAAUUGAUAAAAAGUGUAUACUUGAAUUUUUUAAAUAUAUUAUAAUUUUUAGUAGUUGCAGCAAUUUCUUAAUAAACAAUAAUAAAACUAUAAUAAUAAUAAAAAUAAAAUUGACAAAGUAAAAGAAAAGAAAAAAAAAAACAACGACUAACACUGCAAGUUUGCCAUCGUGGCGUUGUCUUCCACUUUGUUGUAGUUGUUUAAUUUGAAUUUGAAUAUCUCAAAAUGAGAAGAUUUCGAAAAAUAUAAAAAACGAUGUUUUCACGCAGUACUCACCAUAGUAAUAAUUGAACAAUAUCUAUGGUUGACUUGUAUUAAUAUAUAAGUAACAAAGUAGGUCUGAUGUGAUUCAUCAACGUUAUCACGUCAAUGAGUCAAUAUGAAUUUAAAUAAUAAUAAUUAAAAAUUUAAAAUAUUUAUAGAAUUAAAACAUAUGUAAUAUGUAUUCAAUAAUAAUACCACGGCGGUAAGUUACCUCUUUGUUUUCUAUGCUAAAAAAAAAAAAAAUUGUAUUGUACAUGAAAAUUUUAUA